AUGGCACAAGAAAGUAAAGAAAAAACAAUUAUCGAUUAUGCUACUGACGGUAACUUCGAUGAUGUCGAACGUCUUCUUCGUGAACAGGUGCCCGUGGACACACAUGACGAGCAUGGGAUGACAUCUUUGCAACAUGCAGCCUAUAAAGGACAUGCAAAAAUCUGUUCGCUUUUACUAGCACAUGGCGCCGAUGUUAACGAUCACGAACACGAUCAAGGAUAUACGGCUUUGAUGUUCGGAGCACUGUCCGGCAAUACUGAAGUUGUGCGUAUUCUUCUCGAAGCCGGCGCUAAGACUCAUCAAACCAAUCGUCUAGGUCGAACAGCUGCUCAAUUAGCAGCAUUUACAGGACAGAAGCAAUGCGUGGACACAAUAAAUAAUUAUGUUACACUUGACGAUCUUAAGUAUUACACUAUACCUCAAGGCCAAGAAACCGAAGCCAAACUACCGGAAUCAUGCAUUGCAGGUUUUCAACGAUUACUCAUCACAAUAAAUUUCAAUCCUGUGCAUUUACUGAAGAUAAUUCGAAACCACUCGGAGUUCUACAAACCGAAAACAAACCUUAAGAAACUAUCGGAUACGCUUGCAUUGAUGAUUGAAAAGUCAUUGGAUCCGUAUCAUACCAAUGAACCAAAUGAUAUUCUGGCGAUAAAAUCACACUAUAUUAAAACAUUUAUUGACAAUAUUUUCGAGAAAAAUACCGAUGAUGUCGAAAAAACAUGUGCCGAUUGGAGCAAAAAAUUCGUUCAAGAAAAUGAAACAACUGGUUUUAAGUUAUACGAGGAAAAGUUCAUUCGAGAAAACAUUCGAAAUUUUCCAUACAAACAAUGUCCACUUCUACAGCAACUUGUUCGACUUAUUGCUCCCGUACAACUAGGUCAAAAUCCGUCCGCUUUAACUGUUCUGACAACAACGCUCAACGGUCGUGCUUUUGAAGAUGAAAUUCCGAACCGAUGUGACGCUUGCUCGCAACCGAAUGCCACUCGUCGUUGUACGGCUUGUAAAUCGGUCUACUAUUGUGACGAAUUUUGUCAACGUUUACGUUGGCCGACGCACAAACGCAUCUGCUCUUCUUCAACAAAAGAAGAGAACAAAUAG